ACCCCAGCUCCCAAAUUAAAUCUUCCCCCACCAAUCAGGAUCCACCGCACACCAUCACCACACUCCUUCAUCACUACGCACUUGGAUCCCUUUUCCUUCCUUUUGCAGAAAUUCUGAAUCUUGAUUCCCAAUUCAAUUUGGGAUUAAUUUUUUUUUUUUGGUCGAUUUACCUUUUUCCGAUUAAACCUCAAAAAAAUGUCUAAAGUUUUUACUUUGGCCGAGGUUUCUCAGCACAACACCAACAAGGACUGCUGGCUCAUCAUUGAUGGCAAGGUCUAUGAUGUGACGAAGUUCUUGGACGACCAUCCAGGUGGCGAUGAAGUAUUGGUUACUGCAACAGGGAAAGAUGCAACUGAUGAUUUCGAGGAUGUUGGCCACAGUACGACUGCAAAGGCAAUGCUCGACGAAUACUAUGUUGGAGACAUAGAUUCGUCGACCAUUACCACGAAGACGAGUUACGUUCCUCCGAAGCAGGUCCAGCAAAACCAGGAUGCACCUUCGGGAUUCAUCAUUAAGCUCCUCCAGUUCUUAGUUCCCCUCAUUAUCUUGGGUUUGGCCGUUGGCUCGCGUUUCUAUACCAAAUCAUCCGAUGAAAAGUAAAACAUAAAAUAAUUUUUAAAAAAUAUGAAAAAAGAAAGAGCAGUUUCUUAGUGUCGAAAAACUGCCUUCGUUACCAUAUAAUCGACAGAUGUGAGGUGUUUGAGGAUGGAGUUUUUUCUUCUUUCUUGUUUUAUUUAUUGUACUCUUGAAGAAACCUUGUGUUGUUUUCUAUUUCUUUAUUUUGCAUGACUAAUUAUUAAUUAUUAAUUAUUUAAUGGAUUUGGUUUUACUAGGUCUUGAAAUGAUCUUA